CCCCGAGCCCGCGGCUGCGAGCGGGCCGUCCAUCUCCGAGCCGGGGCCGGCUGCCUCCCUGGCGGACGUGGCCCGAUGCUGCGGCCGACGCUGGGUUCCUAAAGCGCUGCAGCGGGAGAGAUUAAGAUUUGAUUCAAGUGUAUGGAUUGAAGAUGAAUUCGUCCUCUUCCACCAUGAAUGAAGAACCUGAUGCUCUAUCAGUUGUUAACCAGCUACGAGACCUAGCCGCAGACCCGUUAAACCGAAGAGCCAUUGUCCAGGAUCAGGGAUGUCUUCCUGGCCUUAUUUUGUUUAUGGACCAUCCCAACCCCUCUGUUGUUCACUCGGCUUUGCUCGCUCUUCGAUACUUGGCAGAAUGCCGUGCUAACAGAGAAAAGAUGAAAGGAGAACUGGGUAUGAUGUUAAGCCUACAAAAUGUUACACAGAAGACUACAACUCCAGGGGAAACGAAACUGCUGGCCUCUGAAAUCUAUGACCUUCUUCAGUCCGCGAAUAUGGCAGAUGGUGAUAGCUACAAUGAAAUGAAUUCACGUCGCAGGAAAGCGCAGUUUUUUCUGGGCACCACCAACAAACGUGCCAAAACAGUGGUUUUGCAUAUAGAUGGUCUUGAUGAUACAUCUCGGCGAAAUCUAUGUGAAGAGGCUUUGCUAAAAAUUAAAGGAGUUAUUAGCUUUACUUUUCAAAUGGCUGUUCAAAGAUGCGUGGUACGAAUCCGUUCAGACCUGAAGGCGGAGGCUUUGGCGUCAGCAAUCGCAUCAACUAAAGUUCUGAAAGCCCAGCAAGUUGUGAAAAGUGAGAGUGGAGAAGAGAUCCUGGUCCCAUUCCAAGAUAGUCCGGUGGAAGUGGAACAGAACACAGACCUCCCAGACUACCUGCCUGAGGAUGAGAGCCCCACGAAGGAGCAAGAUAAAGCCGUGUCCCGGGUUGGUUCGCACCCAGAAGGUGGAGCCAGCUGGUUGAGCACAGCUGCAAACUUUUUAUCCAGAUCAUUCUACUGGUGACUUCAAUGUGGGGCUGAAGGACUGUGUGAACCACCAAGGAGCAGCGUUCCAUUGUGGUGGUGAACUGUCAAGUGCAAUUUGCAAUAAAUUAUCAUGAAAAGUUUUUAGAUUAUAUGAUUACGUAUGCUGCAUUUUACAUUUUAUUGGACAUUUUACUCCACUAAGUGGUUAAAAGGACAAAGGCGACUGUGGGAUCGCUUUGUCUGUGAAGGUGUUUUUGGUUUUGUUUCAUUGCCUCACUUUUUUUUUAUUUGGGUCCACUGUUAAACCAAACACAUAUGUGCAGCUUUACGUUUUAUUGUAUAAGGCUAAGUCAAAAGUAUUGCUACAAUAUCAUAGAAAUCUUUAUUAAACAAAAAGCAAAAUGUGAAGGCAUUUUCUUGGCAUAUCGUUCAUCUAGGUUUAUACACUUCUGAAGGUGUUGUUUUCCGUCUCUCUGACCCCUCCCUAAAGACAUCUGGGCUCCAGAUAUACUACAUUCAGAUGGCCGUGUGGAGAACUCCAAAGGACUUAAGUUAUGUACCUUUUCAAUCUUCUCUGUAUUUUGGGAACAAAAAAAAACUCCGAAGGGGCAAAUUUAGGGCUCUAGUUUGGGUAGGGUAAAGCCCCCCAAAGAAAUUUCUCAGGAUAGCCCUUUGCAGCCCUUGAAGAAUGCAUAGGUGUAUCGUGAUGGGGGUGGAAGUCAUUUGGCACAACUGUCCUCGCCUUAAACUUCUGCACGACAAGCCCUCGUGGUCAUCCGUGUCAUCUGAGGAAGUCCAUCAAGGACUGUCCCUUUGGAGUCCUCUGGACAGUCACUCAGCCUUUGGAGCUGACUCUGCCUUGAACUGAUUCCCCUGGGCUCUCGGAAGUCGCUUUUGUAUCGAACUCUCAGUUUCUUGUUUUUUUUAAUGUGCACUGAGCAGACUGUGUUGAGUGUAUUACUGAGAGAACUUGUCUGCAGCCCUCUGAUCUGAUCACAGAUACGUUUUAUUUGGAAUAAAUCUGUGCAUGCAUGAACGAGAACCCCGGUAGCAAUACUUCUUGACUUAUCCUCUUAUCUCAAGCCCAUGAUUAGGAAAUCUCAUUUUCUCCUCAAGCCAUGGGACCUAGCUGAAGAGGUUUUUGUUAAGCUCAAUUUGUGCAUGAAUGACAGAACACAUUUUCUUUCUUUUCUUCAUAAAAGAUACUUAAUUUGGGACCUUUAACUGAAAGUCAAAAACGUUUCUCAUUUUACCCCCCUUUGUGCCUUUUUAUUUGCCAACCGUGUUCAUACAAAGGACAUUGCUAACGACAUUUUGUGAAUUAAAGUAUAGUAAUCCAUUGUCAUACAAAUUCUACAAAAGCUUUGCAGUCUAAUUUUUUACAGUAAGAUGAACUAAAUCAGCUGAGAAGAAACACAUUUGUAUAUUAGCAAAGUGUUUUCAAAGAGCCUUUGAGUGAAAAGUGUGGUUCUUGUGAACUAGUGUUCAGUUGGUUUCGAUCAGCUCUUGAGAGAGAUAGCUAGCAUGCUGUUGCAAGAAACCCUAAGUGGUCUCUAGGCCACUUGGCAAGUGUACACUAUUCCCUGCUAGGAAAAACGUAAACAUAGCAAAGAACUGACAGACUUGAAAAAAGCAAACGAAACUGAAUGCCGGUAAUGCUGUAGUGCCGCUUUGAGCAAGGUGACAGAGUCCCUGGUGGCGCAGUGGGUUAAACUGGGCUGCUAACUGGAAGCUUCAUUAUUGGAAUCCACCAGCUGCUCUGCAGGAGAAAGGCGAGUCAGUCCUUUCCCACACAGACUGAGUCUCAGAAACCCCAGGGCUCAGUUCUACUCUGUUUUGUGGUGUCUCUGAGUUCGAAUCAACUCCAUGGCAGUAGGCUUGUCUUUGUUUGGGUUUGAACCGUCAAACAUGCCUUGCCUGGCACAGCUGUUCAGUAGGUGCUUUCCUUUCUAUGAUCGCCUUUUGUGAGUUAAUUAAGAAAAUGCUGCGAUUGUAUUGAUAUAAAAAAAAACAAAGCUAAAUUAUUGCUUCUCGAGAAAGCCAGCACUGUAUCAUAAUGUGUUUUUUCCUAUCCAGCCAUAAAAAAAUGAACCUCAGUAAAGGUAAGAUAUAUAUGUAUGAAUGUAUAUGUUGUUUUUGAUAGGUAAGAGGAAACUGCAUGUAUGCAAUGCCAUAGGAAGUUUAUGAGAUAUUUGGCAACCAAAUUUUUUUUCCCCUUUUAUUGGAAAUAAAGGUAAAUCCAGAUAAAAUUUAAUGCUAUAUGAUUAGAAAUAAGGAAUCAAUUUUUUUUGGUAACCAACGUGCAGGGCUGCUAUUUUACUACUUGGAGAAAGUGAAAUGAAAAUUGAAUCCCGGAGGGUUUCUUUACACUUCAUUCCCUCUCUUUCAAAAAAUAGGGGGGCGGGGGGAAAGCAUCCAGUUUCAGUGGGGAAAUUUAUGUAAAAUCUCAUCACCGGGGAGAGUCUUCAGUUCACCUACAUUGUGAUCUUCUGGAGGAAUGGGUUCAGAAGGAGAUUUUCAGACUAGAUACUUGCUUACAUUUUUCCCCCUCUGUCUAGGCUGUGACUCAAGGAACACGCACAAAUUGAAAAUACAAGUUUCAGGAGCAUCUAUUACUUUAAACGCAUAGUGCAACUUGCUGCUAGACCCAGCUGUGUUGAAAAGAAACAAAAUCACCUCUUUUCUAUAGCCAUUAAAACAAAGUUUACUGUUCUGUUUUAACAAGUGUGUAUUUUAGUUUGCAUUGCUACACAUCUGCUUAUUUAACAACAGCAUCCCUUUGGUAGUGAUGGUUCAGUACAAGUAGAUAAUCCAGCUUGAUGUUUGUGUGUUCUAAUUCCAAGUAUUCUUUUAUUCCAGGUCUUAUAGAGCAGUUAAGGCAAGUGUAAAGGGAUUUUUUGAAAUAUAUUGUAAAAUAAUAAAAGGUAACAAUUAAAAUGAAAAGGAUAUUGUA